AGACACGUGCAUCAUUAGCAACCGUAUAUUCAUCCGAUCUUGCGAGUGUUUGAUCGUUCUCGUGUCGAUCGAAGAGUGGUAUUCGUGCGAUGUCUCGCCAUCGUGACAGUGAUGUUCAAUGUAAGGUGUACGUCGGGAAUCUUACCCGGAAUGCAUCCGAGCAUGAGAUUGAAGACGCAUUCUCGAAGUACGGACCGCUUCGAAACGUCUGGGUCGCCAGGAAUCCUCCGGGCUUCGCGUUUGUGGAAUUCGAAGAUCCCAGAGAUGCGGACGACGCCGUUCGAGCGUUAGACAAUUCUCGUCUGUGCGGAACGAGAGUUCGUGUCGAAUUUUCUUCUGGAAAAUCCAGGCGGGGUGGUAGAUUCGGCGGACGAGGAGGUCGAGAUGGAGGCCGAGACGGCGGCCGUGAGAGGGAUCGUGAUCAAGAUUUCCGCCCUCGUGGUAGUCCGGUGUACGGACGUUACAAGCGAUCAAGUGCCAAAAUGAACACCAGCAUGAACGAGGGUGGUUUUUCGCGCGAUUUUGAUGGUCCUGAUAAAAGCGGCGGAGGUCGAACGCAGAACCUGGUUCACAUGCACAUCAUGGAUUAUCUCAGCCAAGGUGAUGACAUCACCGUCGGUGGGCGCCCUGUUGAUAUGAUGGUCUUCGUCGGAAAGAUUACUCAGAUUGAUCCCGGCACGGGCAUGGUGGAUUACGAGAUCGAAGACAGGACAGGAAAAAUGAUGCUGAAAUCCCUGGUGGAUCCGAAAGAUGAAGUUACUCCUGUCAAUUUGUUCUCUUAUGUUCGAGUUGUGUGCUCUCCAAAGAACAUGACUGAUAAGAAAGCAGCGCUUGUUCUCAAAAUGUUUCCAUUGCCUACGGAUCAGAAAGAGUUGAAGUUGCACAGUCUCAUGGUUCAGUAUGACAAGUUGAGGAUUUUGGAGUCUGACCAACGUACCGCAGAGCCGACGGGUGGCAUGAAUGGAGCUACGGAUUAUUCAGGGGACUCGAUGGAUAUCAUGCAUGACAAGUCUCCGAAAGGCCAGGUUUUUAGAGUCCUCUUCGAGGCAGCGAAGCGCAACCCUGAAGUGGGUGCUGACUUGAAGGACAUAGCUGUUACGCUGAAAGGAAAAUUUUCCCUCGCCGAAAUCAGGAAUAUUGUGAUGAACCAACUGAUGGUGGAAGGUCACGUUUAUGGGACGUUCGAUGAUGACCAUUACUCGAUUCCUUGAAAGUACAGUAAUUUGCCUUAACGCAAUUGGAUGGCUGUCAUCCUAUAAGUUUUUAAAUUUGUACGUUGAAUGAAGUGGCACUCGCGUAAUUUUUGUGGAAGUUUGAAUAAAUGUCUGCGUCUCAUUUCGAUAGAA